AUGAAGAAAGAAAGCAAUCAAAAUUUGGACUCAGAGCAGAUUGCACCGACGCAGUCACAAGUUGGGGAAGUGUUUGCCAGCAAGACAAUCCAAGAUGAUGCUGUCUUCGGAGAGAUACAAGAAGGUGUUACAAACUACCGCAAUGUGAGCUGGAUAGGAACAACUGCCCUAUUGAUCAAAACUCAGAUUGGACUAGGCGUCCUUUCAAUGCCCAAAGUGUUUGACACCCUUGGAAUAAUUCCGGGAAUCGUUCUCCUCGUAGUCAUUGCCGGAAUGACAACAUGGUCCAAUUGGAUGAUAGGUGUCUUCAAAAUUCGCCAUCCGAGUGUUUACGGUAUUGAUGAUGUUGGGCGAAUGUUAUUCGGGCGUUUUGGAUUUGAGUUAUUUGGCGCGGCCUACACACUUUACUGGAUCUUUUCUGGUGGAUCUGCUUUGUUGAGUAUCUCAAUCUCAUUCAACGCCCUGACUGAUCACGGCACUUGCACUGCGGUCUUUGUAGCAGUUGCUGCUAUCAUUGCAUUUACGUUUUCGAGCAUACAAACUCUCGGUCGUAUAAGCUGGCUGGCAUGGAUAGGUACAGCAUGUAUCAUUAUUGCAGGUAUGUCCAACCACACCCUUCAGUGGUGUUGUGGGGAUGUUGACCUUUACAUGGUAGUUUUCAUUGUUACUAUUGCUGUUGGUCUAUUGCUGUUGGUGUUCAAGGCCAUCCACCGCGUAUUGAUGGUGGUAUUCCACUGUCCGAUUACAAGCUGGUUGGAGAUCCAACUUUUGUGGAAGCAAUGA